UGAACUUGUGGGUUAUUACAUGCUGGAUUUGAGAGGAGCCGCCGAAAGACCAGGAAAAGAGAAAUGGAUUACUCUUAAAUCACGAGUUCAAGGGCUGCAUCCUGAAAUAGAAAUUGGGUUUUGCAUUUUGCCAAACCUAUCUCAACCUUCAGGAUACAUACCUAGUCCACUAGGAAGAUCUACAGAUAAUGUUUACACAUACGGGAUACGCGAUGAUCGGAAAAAAUCUACAGCAACUUCAGAAGAGCAAUUUAAUGACUUGUAUCGAAUUGGAUCUAAAGGAACAGAAAUUUUUCUCUUUGAAAUUACAAUUAAUUUCGGCAAUAAUUUACAAUUAUUAUUACAAGACACUGCCUCUUUUAUAACGCAGCAACAAUUUCCCGAACUUGAUCUUUCAACUCUGAACCAUGGCUAUUUUUUCCAAUACACUUUAUUUGAAAGCAAUAUCACGUCAAGUAAAUUCUAUGACCUUGUACACCCCGAUAUAAGACCAGAGACCGCGACAUUUCGCAUUCAAUCGUCUUUGGAGGACAUGUUAGCAUUCCUGAGCAAGGAAUCCAAGCUUGUCAUUCAUCUUUAUCACGAUAACCAAAUCAUUGGAUUUGCGGAUAUUCCUUUGACAGGCCUCUUCGACGCAAAAUCGGGGGAGCCACGUUCUUUAGAUCGUGUCUGUCCCAUGUAUAAUGCAAAAAGAGAAUUGCCUGUAUCAGCUGAUGUACAAACUGCGAGGAUUGGAGUUUUCAUGGCCAUUCGAAGAGAGCCUACGAAUUCUCUUUCCGUGGAUACGUCUGAAAGCGCAUCUUCAUCCGCUGCGGAAAGAGAAAAGUCAUUUCUCUUAGAAAGUGUUGGACAGAAUUCUAAUAAUGAGCGUAAAUAUCGCGUUUUGAUAGAUUUGGAAUCAAUUAAAUUGAACAAGGAGAUGAAGAGCAUCUAUAUCAGGUAUAGUUAUCCCGCAUUAGGCAUCACCAGUAACAAGUCUACUCAUAUGCUACCUAAUGUAGAAGCCGAUUCGGACGUAAUAUUAACCAAUG